AUGCUGCUGGCGGACCAGGGCCAGAGCUGGACGGAGGAGGUGGUGACCAAGGAGACGUGGCUGGAGGGCACCCUCAAGGCCUCCUGUCUGUACGGGCAGCUCCCCAAGUUCCAGGACGGAGACCUGACCCUGUACCAGUCCAACGCCAUCCUGCGGCACCUGGGCCGCUCGCUGGGGCUGUACGGGAAGGACCCGCGCGAGGCGGCCCUGCUGGACGUGGUGAACGACGGCGUAGAGGACCUGCGCUGCAAGUACGCCAGCCUCAUCUACACCAGCUACGAGGCGGGCAAGGAGGACUACGUGAAGGCGCUGCCGGGCCGCCUGAAGCCCUUUGAGACCCUGCUCUCCCAGAACCAGGGCGGCCAGGCCUUCAUCGUGGGCAGCCAGAUCUCCUUCGCCGACUACAACCUGCUGGACCUGCUGCUGAUCCACCAGGUCCUGGCCCCCGGCUGCCUGGACGCCCUGCCCCUGCUCGCGGCCUACGUGUCCCGCCUCAGCGCCCGGCCCAAGCUCAAGGCCUUCCUGGCCUCCCCGGAGCACCUGAGCCGCCCCAUCAACGGCAACGGGAAGCAGUGA